UCAUGGUGACGUUUCCUGCAGUGAUAGAGUCUGGAUCUGAGGCUACACUGUGUACGAGUCUUCUGAAGCCUAAUGAGACUCUGCAAAUGACUGUUUAUCUGGUUCAUGACAACCAGAACAGAACACUUCUACAGGAGACAGUGGAGGAAGAAUUUCACCACUGCUCUAAGUUUAAGGCUCCACAGGUUGAGGGUGAUUCAGUGCAGGAGAUCAGAGUAGAUGUUAAAGGUGAAAGUUUUGAGAUGACGGAGAAAAGAAGAGUUAUGUUUAAAUCCUACAACCCACUGACAUUCAUUCAGACUGAUAAACCAAUCUACAACCCCGGACAAACAGUGAAUUUCAGAGUUGUCACUAUGGAUAAACAUUUUAUCCCCCUUAAACAGGAGUACAGCUUGUUGAUUCUUGAGGACAAUAAAGGUAACAGGAUUGGUCAGUGGACGAAUGUGUCCUCAACAGGCCUGAUAGUGCAGCUUUCUCAUGAACUGAAUCCUGAGGCUUCUGAGGGCCAGUAUAAACUGGAGGCUUACAUUGGGGAUAGACAGACCAGACAUUACUUUGAGGUGAAGAAGUACGUUUUACCCAAGUUUGAGGUUACAGUGAAAGCACCAAAUGAACAGAGUGUUUGGGAGGACCUAAAGAUAGAGCUUUGUGCAAAGUACACUUAUGGACAGCCAGUACCUGGUAAAGCACUGGUGGAAGUGUGUAGGAAAUAUAUUCAGCAUUAUGGGGAAAGCAUCUCUAUCAUCUCACCAUGCCUGGAGGAAACAGUGCAGAUGAAUGAGACUGGCUGUGCCUCUGCUGUCUUCAACAUGUCAGCUUUCACUAGUCCUGAAGUUGUACACAAUUUCCAAAAUUAUCUUCAUACUACCGUUACGGUGACAGAGGAAGGAACAGAUAUUUCCAUCACAAAAUCCACCCAGGUACAGCUUGUUUAUCAAGCUGGUAAAGCUGAGUUUCUUGAUUUGCCAAAAAACUUUGAACAGGACACAGUUAUAGAGGGAAAGAUCAAAGUCACAACCGUCAGUGGAAAACCAAUUCCUGACAAGAAAGUGUAUCUUUUGAGAGGUUAUAGUUGGUCUCCAGAGCUACUUCAAAAUCUUACUACAGAUAUUAAUGGAUUGGCCAGGUUCAAAAUUAAUAUGACUGAUCACCCUCAAACACAGAUAUCACUGAUGGCAAGUGUCUAUCCAGGUGUUCAUUAUCAGAGUUUCAGAAUGCCGUACUUUAUAGACGGUCAUGCAAAUAUACCAUUCCUCCAACCUGCUACUCCAUACAGUCCAGUCUACAGUGAAUUAUCAAUAGAGAGCUUAAAGGAACCGAUUCCAUGUGGUUCUGAAAUUUCCAUAAACGUUAAGUACUACAUUGUUGGAGAAACUGCUGAGAAUUACAGUACUGAUAUUAUAUACAAGGUCAUGUCUAAAGGAGCCAUAGUCCAUCAUGGAUAUGAGAAAGUUGAAGUGAAAGAAUCCAAAAAGCUCAUAGAGGGAAAAGUCUCAUUCAGACUGUCUGUUGAUGUUGGUCUGGCUCCUGUAGUGCAGGUUCUGGUGUACUGUGUGCUGCCCAGUGAGAACGUCAUCGCUGCUAGCAAGAAUUUUAAUGUGGAGAAAUGCUUCAGAAACAAAGUCUCACUGCAGUUCUCUCCCACUGAGGCAGUUCCUGGUGAGGAAAACACUCUCCAGCUCUCAGCUCAGCCUGGUUCACUGUGUGGACUCAGUGCUGUGGAUCAGAGUGUGUUCAUCAUGGAGCCAGGAAAACGCCUGAAUGCUGAUGAGGUUUUUCAUUUGUUACCAGUGACGUCAGUGUCAGAUUAUGACCAUAGAGUUGAAGAUGAGCUGGAGUGUCUGCAAGUUAGACCACGACGGAGUGCAAAUGACGACCAUGUUUACAAUACCCUAAAGAGCGUGGGGCUCCAGAUGGUGACUAAUCUGCCUGUCAGAGCACCUCAGUGUUUGAUCUACAAAGGCAUACGAUAUAAUCGCCAAUAUUAUGGUGGUAUGUCCAGACUCAUCUUUAUCCACCUUGGUUAUGGACCCAUUGAGACAGUUCGUAAAUUCUUCCCAGAAACUUGGAUAUGGCAGCUUGCUGAAGUGGGAGACUCUGGAUCAACACAGGUUCCUGUCACUGUUCCUGACACUAUCACCACUUGGGAGAUGGACACUUUCUGUCUGUCCUCUAAAGGUCUGGGAGUGGCUCCUCCUGCUCAGCUUCGUGUCUUCCAGCCCUUCUUCCUGGAGCUCUCAUUGCCCUACUCCAUCAUCCGAGGAGAGGAGUUUGAGCUGAAGGCCACUGUCUUCAACUAUCUCUCCAAGUGCAUUAUGGUUAAAGUGACUCCAGCUCCUUCCUCACACUACACUCUGAAAGCCUCCUCUGAUGGAGAGUAUUCAUCCUGUCUGUGUGCCAGUGGUAGAAAGACCUUCAAAUGGACUCUUGUUCCCUCUGUGCUUGGGGUCCUGAAAGUGACGGUCAGUGCUGAGGCAGAACAGUCACAGACUGUGUGUGACAAUGAGAUUGUGAGUGUGCCUGAGAGAGGCCGCAUUGACACAGUCAUACGAAGCCUGCUUGUACAGGCUGAAGGAAGUGAGAAGACCAAAAGCCAGAGUUGGUUGCUGUGUCCACAGGGAAACAGUGUUUCAGAGGAGCUGGAGCUGGUUCUUCCUGAAGAUGUGAUAGAGGGAUCAGCACGAGCUUCUGUUUCAGUGCUUGGAGACAUACUGGGCCGUGCAUUAAAGAAUAUUGAUGGACUGCUGAAGAUGCCAUAUGGCUGUGGAGAGCAAAACAUUGCUAUCCUUUCCCCCAACAUCUACAUUCUUCAGUACCUGGAGAACACUGGACAGCUCACUGCAGCCAUCCGUGAGAGAGCUACGGGUUUCCUUAAGAGCGGAUAUCAGAGGCAACUGAACUACAAGCAUUUUAAUGGUGCAUACAGCACAUUUGGAACCGGAGAGGGAAAUACAUGGUUAACUGCUUUUGUACUGAGGACCUUUGGCAAAGCACAACGUUACAUCUUUAUUGAUGCACAAAACAUUGAUAGUGCGAAGCAGUGGCUGAUAAAUAUGCAGAGACCAGACGGCUGUUUUAUAAGACAAGGACGACUGUUCAACAACAGAAUGAAGGGUGGUGUAAAUGAUGAUGUGACCAUAACAGCUUACAUCACUGCAGCAUUGCUUGAACUGGGCCAUACAUCCAAGGAUCCUGUUGUAAAUAAAGGAAUAUCAUGUUUAAAGUCUUCUAUUGGCAACCUAACAAACACCUAUGCCACUGCACUGCUGGCCUACACUUUCAGUCUGGCUGGAGAGCAUGAUGUUCGAGAGCAGCUGCUGAAGAAGUUGGAUAGUAUUGCCAUUUCAGGAGAUGGGCACCUUCACUGGUCUCAGUCUGCAUCAGAUGAUUCUGACUCCUUGUCAGUGGAGAUCAGCUCCUAUGUUCUUCUAGCUGUUCUCACUACAGCUGAAGUCACUGCUGCUGAUUUGGGCUAUGCUAACAGGAUUGUCAGCUGGCUGGUGAGGCAACAGAACCCUUAUGGAGGCUUCUCCUCCACCCAGGACACAGUGGUGGCCCUCCAGGCUCUGGCUCUGUAUUCCACUAAAGUGUUCAGCUCUGAUGGCUCCAGCACAGUAACUGUGAAGUCAGAUAAAGAGAGUCAUGACUUUGAUGUGAACCAGGACAACAAGCUAUUGUACCAGGAGAGACCACUACAGGAUGUUCCUGGCAAAUACAGCAUUUUGGUGAAGGGCUCUACCUGUGUUUCUGUACAGAUGGUCCUUUACUACAAUAUCCCCACACCGGCUGAAACCAGUACAUUACACAUCAAGGCUAAAACUGAAGGAGAUUGUACAAAAUCAUUUGGACAAAUUCUGGCCAUCAACUUCACAGUCAUAUAUAAUGGGGCUCUAAACAGCACUAACAUGGUCAUAGUGGAUAUAAAAAUCUUAUCAGGAUUCACAGCAGAUCCCAGUGAUCUAAGAAACAGCCCACUUGUGGAACAAGUCGAUUCGAAAGAUGACCAUGUGCUCAUGUAUAUAAAAGAGAUUCCAAAGGAUAUUCCUAUGAAUUAUCAGCUACUUAUUAAACAGCUGCUUCCAGUCAAGAACCUCAAACCAGCUGUGAUCAAAGUCUAUGAUUACUAUCAAACAAGUGACCAGUCUGAGACGGUGUACUCCUCCCCCUGUGUGUGAGCUCUCAGACCUGCAGCCUCACAGUAUGAG